UAUCACUCUAGUCUAACACACUAGAGGUCCCAUGUACUAAACAAGGCUUGGAUAAUUUGUAAAUGGUGGGAUCUACCAAUUUCAAUUCCCCAAAGGAUCCACUUUUUUAAAGUUUAAUUAAAACCCCAACAAACUUGAUUCAUGACAGUUUGACUUCCCUUAAUUAAAUCAUGGUCUAGAGGCAUAACGGUUACCAUUCCAACCCCUAUAAAUUGUGCCAUAGCUCAUACCCAAAAUGCAAUAAAUACCAUAUAACUUUGUUGUUUGUCACAAUUAUUAGCACUUUGUGUAGGAAAAAAAAAAUGAAGAGGGUUUCCAUUGUUGCCUUGUGUGCGAUGACACUGAUGGUGGUGCUGUUUUCAGGUGAAACUCGUACGGCGGAAGCAGUGACAUGUGACCCCUCCGAGCUCAGCUCCUGCUUGGCGGCGUUCACGUCUUCAUCACCUCCAUCAACCACUUGUUGCAGCAAGCUGAAGGCGCAGCAGCCAUGCCUUUGUGGGUACCUUCAGAACCCAGCUCUUAAACAGUUUGUUAACAAUCCCAACGCUAAAAAGGUUGCUAGCACUUGUGGAGUUGCAUAUCCUAAGUGUUAAAAGUUUGCUUUACUUGAAUAUUUAUUGGCAGCAUAGGACUGUCGUCUUGUUCUCAACUGCUCAUAUAAAUAAAUAAUGAUGAGAUGAGAUGAGAUGAGAUGAGAGGUGAUAAUAUUAAUGUAAUAUUUUACUUGUCUAAGGCUAGAGUAAUAAUAAUAAUAUUAGUAGUGAUAUUUACUAUUUACAUGUGUUUCUUGGGGA